AUGUUGGAGGAUGGGUGUGUGUUGAAGUGUCGACGUUGUCGGUUGUCCCUGGUUACCGGACACUCGAUUGUUGGUAGUCAUGGCAACAGUGAAGCCUGUCCUAUGGAAGGCCUGUCCACACUGUGGUACAUCAGUGAUAACCACAUCCCUGACUGGGUACAGGAACAAAUCACACAGGUACAGUGGACCAAAGGCCGACUCCUGUGCCCUAAGUGUGCCGGCCGGCUGGGUUUGUUUGACUUUGUGUCCCCAGUGAAGUGUCCGUGUGGUGACCAGGUAUUCCCUCCCAUACACAUCCAGAGGUGUCGGGUGGACGUGGACAAACUCUCACCAAAACACGUACCCAAAACACAGCAAGGGGAAAAAUUACCGUUAAAAAUGUGUGAAACAAAGGAGCAAGCCUGCGGCUUACUUCUUACUUCAGAACAUUUUACAGGUGGACAGUUAGAAACAGACUCUGAGAAAGGAAAAAGGAGAAAAAACAGUACGAAAGGUGCUCUAGCUGAUGGAACGGGUGAUGCACCUGCUAGAACAGGUGUUACAGCUGCUGGAACAGGUGAUGCACCUGCCAGGACAGACGAUACACCUGCUAGAACAGGUGUUACAGCUGCUAGAACAGGUGUUACAGCUGCUAGAACAGGUGUUACAGCUGCUAGAACAGGUGCUACAGCUGCUAGAACAGGUGACGCACCUACUGAGAAAGUUGACACGCACAGUGAGCUAGCUGAGAUGGAUUCCUCCGUCAGUGAUGCACAUGUGAGCAGCUCAUCAGAUUCAACCAGCACUUCAGAGGAAGAGGAAUCAUCAGACCAAACCUACACAUGGACCUCGGUAAGCUCACAGCGCCCCCUAGUGGUGGCAGAUGAUGAUGACAGUUGCCUCCAGGACACAAACCUGUUCCAAGUAUUGGAAGGGCUGGACGGAGGGAACACAGGGAGUACUGCAGACAGACGGAGGACCAGGCGGCAAACAAAGAGGGACAGGAACAAGCUGAAGAACAUUCGGAAGAAGCAGAGAAGACACGAGAAGUGGGUGAAGAAACAGACCCAGGAAGAAGAGAAUUUUGAGGAGGCAGAGAGGGAAGGUCUGAUCUGCCCCAUCUGUCUGGACCUGUACUAUGAACCCUACAUGUGCCAGCCGUGUGGACAUAUAUUCUGUGAUUACAGAACCCAGGAAGAAGAGAAUUUUGAGGAGGCAGAGAGGGAAGGUCUGAUCUGUCCUAUCUGUCUGGACCUGUACUAUGAACCCUACAUGUGCCAGCCGUGUGGACAUGUGUUCUGUGACCCGUGUCUGCGGCAGAUCGCUAAGGACAACCCCGGAUGUACGGCCUGUCCACUCUGCCGGACUGUGGUCAUCACCGUCAACUUCUCUUACCAGCUGAGUAAGACAAUGCAGGAGUUUUUCCCGCGGCAUCACGAGUCCCGGCGCCGUGCCGAGCGGCAGUCCCGCCACCGCAGCUGGCCUCUCCCGGGGGUCAGCGGCGCCCGCGCGCUCUGGUGGACCACUGUGACCUCGCUGACCUCUCGCCGCGCUGGCCGGAACUUUCCCCACUAUCGUAGCAACGAUGAUGAUCUAAACUACGAUGGAAGCAUGUUUGAUGAACUCCUGGUGUACUUCUACUCUGUCAACUGGGUCAUCGGGUUGUUUGUUGUCUGCGGUCUGUGUUAUUUUUCCAUCCGUUCUUUCAUUUUCUGAGACAAGUAUUUCAGUCAGUUACUCAAAAAUAACCAUGAUACAGGGUCAUUAACAUUGAUUUUUAUUACCUAAUCAUUGAUGUAUUUGUAACAGGCAUGAAAUUUACUAAUUUUGUAACAGCAUUGAAAACAGAAAAAUUGUGCAAGUUGACUUACUAAUGUAUGUUGCAAAAGCAAGAGUUGGAAAUAUGUAUUUAUUAUACAGUAUAACUAUA